ACUCCUUCACGCAGCAUUUUCGCGUGUGAGUCCUUUUUUUAUCAUCAAACAUGGAAGACGGGUUUUGCGCGUGAAACACUUUUUAAUUGCACACCCCCAAAGAAAAAUUUUCAUUCUUUCAAUUUCCGCCAUUAAAACGCGCGCAUCAUACCAAAUCAUUACACAUUGGUAAUUAGUAGUGAAAACAAUUAAGUGAUGUAACUAAUUAUUGCCAAAAAAUAAAGAAAAUUAUUUAAUUGCAAAAAAAAAUUAAGAAAAUUUCGCGAUUUGUAAGAAAAAGGUGUGUCAUCAAGUGGAGGUGUUAAUUACUAAUUAGGCUACAAAGCGCCACCCGGUGAAGAAAUUCAUUUUCUGGGGCAACAUAAAUUUUAUGUACAAAAUGACGGAGGAGAAGCUACGCGGUAUAAGUUCCUUACUUGGUUGUGACUACGAUUCGGAGGAGGUAACGGAUGAGGAGCAAGAUUGUGUUUUUCAGCAUGAACUCCUCCUGCACUUCUGUCUACGGAUGCUACAGUUGAACUGUGACAAUUUUUCCGUUGGCUUCAACGCAACCACCUACCCCAAAUUCCACAACAUCGUUCUCGAGUGCGAUGCUGAGCGCCAUCGAUCUGUCUUCUUCGUUCACGUGGAGCACACACAGCGUCAGGGAUGCUGCAUAACCAGGGAGCACCUGAACAGCAAUGUGGAGAAGCACGAGUUGCCCGAAGAUCAGGAGUUGUGGGCACGAUUUAACCUCGAGCAGUACUUCAGUGCAGUUUGGGGGGAAAAAUUUUCGGAGUUGCGACUGGACUAUCGCAACUACGGCAUUAGUAGGCACUAUGUUUUGUUGACGAAUAUGCGGUUGGAUGGGGAUGUGAAGACCGUUGAGUGGGAUGAGGGAAAACAGGGCAAUAUCUUUGGGGAACUACGUGAGGAAGGUGCUAGAAUUCAACUUCUCGACAAUCCCUUCAACAUUUCGCCGAUCACAUCGAAAUUCUCCCCAGAUGAAGUUGUUAGGUUCGAUCCAGGGUACUUUCGGAAUAACUUCACUGUAGUCUCGAAUGCACCAAGUCUCCUGGAUUUGUCAAUUAUCAACUAUGAAAUCCUCAAGAGGCUCGUUCUGGCCUACAAGUCACGGAGUUUAAUGAAGAUCCUACGGGAGGAGUUGGUAAAAUUUGUCGGAGUACGGAGUUGUGAGGGUAGAUGUGAACGGCGGACACUGUUCAAGGAGGACUUUGUACGAAUAUUGUGUGAGAGUCUUCUGUGUGCGGAUUUAACCUCAAUUUGUGAUAAUUUCACAAAAGAACUGUCAAAUUGGGUGAAAUUUCACACGAAUGUCCUGCACGAUCUGGCGGAGAAGCUCGAGGAUAAGCGUGUUCUCAUCUAUGAGGAGCACAAGAAGUUGUCCUUUCUCAAAAUCUAUGAAGCUCUGAAGAUUAAGAUGCCCGAAAUCUUGUUGAUUCCUUCGUCAAAAUUGAAACAAUCCCAUCGAAAUGCUCUUGAGUACUACGAGAAGAAGGUAAUCCUGUUCAUUGAUGACGAUGAAAAUUUUGAGCAUCUUCUCAAUAAUUAUUCAAAUAUUAUUUUUGUCGUUGGAAAAAAUACAAAUGUGGAGUUGAUUGUUGAAAAUUGCAUCUUGCAAGUUCCUAAAUGUUCCUUUGAGGAAUUCACGGAGGCAACAAAGGAGGAAUUUUCGCGGAGGGACAUGAAGCUCCAGGAACACCUAAUACGUCUUUCGGCUAUACAGAAUACGGAGAAUAGGAUAUAUCUGCACCUGCUGAAUGAUAUUUUUGAGAAAAUCAACAAAAAUGAAGUGAUAGAAUUCGGCCGGAGACUACCGUGCAAUACAAUACCCAAGCCCUACAUUCAGCGCCAUCUAACACUCAUCUAUGAUAUGUUUAAAUUUGUAAAAUUCGACACGGAUAUGAUGGGAAAUUUCAGUGAGACUGACAUGUACAACAAUUUCCCAAAUUGCAUCGUUAAAGGUGAUCCAGGUGUGGGGAAGACAUCGUUGAUGCUGAACAUUGCCAAGAAUAUAAAGAAUCGUAAUCCGCACUUUUGGGUGGAGUACGUUGAUCUCAAGGGCUACCUGAGUAUCUUCUCGGAGAAGCUAAAAUCAAUCUCUUCCCAAGAAUUCUCCCACAGUGAAGCCAAGAUGUUUCUCCUUGAGCACCUAAUCACCUUUGGACCAUGUCCGGAUAUUGAUCGGGAUCUCCUGGAAUUGUACUUGACAUACGAAGAGACACCCGUGAUUUACCUCUUCAUUGAUAGUCUCAAUGAGAUCCCGUCGAUGUUUGAGAAGUUAGUUGUGAAUCUCAUUGAGAAGUUGAGUGAAAUGCGAAUAAGGAUCUUCAUGGCGUGUCGGAAGAAUUGCAAGGAGAUCCUAACGCCACUGAGGAAUUUCAUUGAAGCCGAACUCAUCCCGUAUGAUUAUGCACAGCGGAAGAUGUUCCUGCAGCUGUACUGGGGUGGACGGCUAGGGCUACCACAUGAUGAUAUGGAGGAUUUUAUAAUGCAAUUCCCUUGUAAGUUUUACGAAAAGUUCCUACCGGGUGUAACAAUCCUGGAAACCCCACUGUACCUACGGUACAUUGCGGAUAUUUAUGCAAAAGACUGUGAAAAGUUCUGUCAGAGCAGGCAAAAUGGGAAGAAGGUAGGCCUCUUCCCGGAAUUCAAUAUGUUUAGCAUUUUCACACAAAUGCUCCAGAUGACUGUGAAGGAGGACGAAAUGGGUGAUUUAACGAGGAUCUACACAUCAAUUGCAGUACGAGAGUUAGGUUAUGAAACUGUCCUACCGGCUACGGAGGACGUCUACCGGGAUCCACAACUCCUUUCCCGCGGUUUAGUAACGCGAACAGAUGAUGGAAAAUUCAUUUUUACCCACCGUGCAUUUGCUGAAUAUUUCGUUGCAAAUGCCCUCACUGAUGAAAUGGAGAAUGUCAAUAAGAUCAUUCUAACCUAUCUUUCGGAAUUCAAUUAUGAUCAUGCAAAGGCUAAAUUCAUCUUUCACAAUUUAAUUGGGCGAAUCAAAGCGAAUGCGCUGAGGUUGCCUGAAAAGGAUCAACUAGCUCCGGCUUUUGAGGCAUUUAUGGAGUUCUUCAAGAACUUCCUGAAAUUCACGUGGAUGUACUACAUUGAUGACAUUGCCCCGAUCUAUGGCUUCAUCGAGGGGCACUUUAGUAAGCAGGAGAUUCAAACGUUCAACAUUGAGCAGUACUGGGAAUGCUAUGUUGCGGGUUUUCAAACACUUACACUGCCACAGUUGAUGUUUCUCGUGGAAACUUUCGAUAAAUUCAACGAACCCGAAAUGAUUAAUUACAUUCUCGUGCAGAUUUUUCGUUAUUUCGUCAAUAGGAAAACCGUUGAGGAUGACAUUCCCUUCCUCAGUGCACUUCACGCGCAAAUGGUGAAGCGCUCAACGCUUAGCGAGGAAGAAUUCUUCGUUCACGUUAAAGCCUGCAUGAAGGAGUGCGCCGAAGACAGAGUCCUACGUCAGGAUUUGAUGUUUUGGUACUUCAAGAAGCGCAACAUCACGCAAACAAUCAACAUUGCCAAUGUCCUGAAAAUGAAGUACGAAGAUAAUUGGAGGUUAGAAAUCUACGACAUGCACUUCAUUGCGUAUUUGUGUGAAUUUGAGAAGCGCGAAAGGAAUACGGAGCAAUUUAUACGGGAAUUCCUGAGCUUAGUCGGGGAGGGAAAUUUCUAUCAGUUCAUCUCGAAUUACGAUGAUGUGGAAUUCACGCGGGAUACCUUCCUGCGGAUUGCCGUUAAUGUGGCGCUGAAGAAGGGAUGGCGCCUCGUGGGUGCCGAUGGUAAUUCGAUACUCUAUCAAUUUUGGCAGAAUCAGCAAACAUAUCUCUUUACUGAAUUUAUCAAAUGUCUUCCACGUGACAAAAUUGAAGAAUUAACCAUACGGCCAUGCUUCGCAGGGUGCAGCCUCAUUGAGCACUUCCACGCGGAUGAGAAUAAAUUUUACGAAUUUGCCGCCUACACGAGGUAUGUGUGUGAGACCCUUGGUGAGGGUGAACUCCACAAAUUCCUAACUCCCUGCAAGAGUAGCAGUAGCAUUGAGAAAUCCAUUGAGAAUGAUCUCAUCUUCCUGCGGGAGCUCUCACUGGAAGUUGACGCGGUUGGAAGGAAGACGUUGCAGACGCUCGUCUAUGCUUUCUGUCGCGACAAGAUGACCUGGCAGGAGGAGUCAAAGAGAAAAAAUAGAUUUUUAUUUGAAAUUGCUCGAUUUAUUUCCAAGUACAAGCUCGAUGUGACCUUUGAUCUCAUCUUCACCUUCCUCAACACCCACGAACCCUGCUGCGACAGUAGGUACGACAACUACCUCCACGCCGAGCUGGCUGAGGUAGAUGCAGAUGGGAAUAACCCCCUCCUAAUGGCUGGCAUCUGGGGUAAUUUGCAAUUCCUCCAGAGCCUUCUCAAGCUCAUAACGCGCAAGAAAUUCAUCGAGAUUGCCCGCCAGCAAAAUAAUCAAGGCAGAAACUUCUUUCACUGCAUUGCAAACUUCAUGCUACCAACGGUGAAGUACUCAGUAUACGAUGUGAUCCAUAUUUUCCUUCAGGAGCGCCAAAAUGGCAACAACACCUCCCUCACGAAGCUCCUUAUGCAGCAAGAUAGUCACGGUAGGACACCCUUUCACUCCGACAUGCUCUUCUUCUGCGCCUUCAUCGACUUCAUCUCUGACGAUGCACUGAGUGAUCUUUUUCGGAUCCAAGAUGAAAAUGGUGAAAAUAUCAUGCACUUCAUGGUGCGCGAUGACAAUUUGUUCCUAAUAUUUCAUAAGUAUCUCACAACAGCCAUUAUAGAACCCAUUAAGGUUGCCCUCAAGAUGAAUAACAACAAAGGGCAAACGCCAUUCUAUCUCCUAAGUCGUGUCUAUGAAUCAUUUGUACAUGAUCCCAAAAAGGAGAAAUUGUAUAAGAAAUUUGAUAAAUUUUUGUAUGCAAAUUAAAUUAAAAACUAACAGACACACCAACUAAAAAAAAAGAAAA